GAAUUUGGCUCGUUUACAUGCGAUUGAAAACAAAUUUAUGCUGAAAAUAAGAGUUUAACCAAAGGUAUUAUAACUAUCAGAAAACAAAACCCUCUGUAGAGAAACUGAUAAAAUCUCGAUUUAGGGAAAAAAUCUUUUGAUAGAAUUUAUUAAACACUUUGAUAGGUGUUGAGUUUUGAAUUUUCCUGUCUAUGACAGAUCUAUCUGAUUACAAAUCUCCCAUAAAAUAUUUCAAUACACUUGUUUUUCGAAAAAACAAGAAAUAAGGUAUCUGGAAAAACUAUUUCGUUAUUUGGGUUUGUUAAUUAUGACAGAAGCGACAGAACGCAGUCAAAAAACUAGAAAAGGCAAUGCAAAUUGUUGUGUGGUGAAUUGCUUUAACACUUUUAAAAAUACUGGUCCUGGUGUGCAUUUUUAUUCAUUUCCAACGGCAAAGCACAUGCUAGAAAAGCGAGACAGAUGGAUUAGUCUUAUUAACAGAAAGAACCCAGAUGGUUCCCUUUGGCAACCGAAAUCGCAUUCCCGACUUUGUAGUGAUCACUUCGUAGGGAAUAUAAGAUCUGAAAAUCCGUUUGGUCCAAAUUACUAUCCAACUAUUUUUCCAGAUGUUUGCAAGAAACCUAUGGUCAACACUAAAGCUGCUUUAGAUCGGUUAGCAAUACUCAUUUUAUGUUUUUUUUAUUACAUUUUAAAUUUUUAAUGUUCUAUUAGUAUCCUGUGAAACAUCAUAAAAUUAGGGCAAAUGUUUACGUAAACCUUAAAAGUAUAUAGUAUCUGCAGUAUAGUAAAAUUACAAAAUAGCAAUAUUUAUCUAAAGGAACAUUUAAAGCAAUCCGACAUAUAAUUAUUUACUUUAAUUUUCUACACUAAGUGUA